AUGGCUAAAUCAUUUGUUUACGUUCUACUAACUGUACUGUGCUUCGUUUUUGUUAAUUCCGAUGAUUUAAAGUUUUAUCAAGAAAAGAAUGUCCACGAAGCUCAAGAACUAACAGACGAUGAUAUAAAAAAUCUAGCAAAUUUAUCGGAUGAAGAGCACCUACGUGAAGUGCUGAACGAGAUCCUUAUACCGCGGGUAGUUGGAACUCCUAACCAUGAGAAAGUGGGCAAUUACAUUGUGAAACAAAUGAAAGAUAUGGGCUGGGAUGUGACGGAAGAUGUCUUCGCCGAUACGACUCCAGUUUUCGGGACUUUGAACUUCCGGAACAUUAUUGCGAAGCUUAAUCCACGCGCGGAUAGAUAUCUAGUGCUGGCCUGCCAUUACGACAGCAAGUAUACGAGGGAACAUGUCUUUGUUGGUGCAACUGAUUCAGCGGUACCAUGUUCUAUGAUGAUAAAUCUCGCCAAGGUAAUGUCCAAGCAGCUCGACCCCCUGAAGUUUGGUUCUCCAAGCCUGAUGUUCAUAUUCUUCGAUGGCGAGGAGGCCUUCAAGCAUUGGGGGCCGAAGGACUCGAUUUAUGGCGCUAGGCAUUUGGCAAAGUCGUGGCACAGUACGCCUUAUAAGGAAGGCGCAAAUAAUUUGCAAAGAAUCGACGUCUUAAUGCUUCUAGAUCUGCUGGGAACGCCCGACCCGAAGUUCUACAGCUACUUUAAGUCGACGGAACGCUGGUACAUAAGGCUCGCAGGCGCGGAACAACGGCUGAGCGAGCUGGGCCACUUAACGGCCUAUUCCGCGGGCAAAUCUGACCAGACUUACUUCAGGCUGGCCAGCUCUGGAGCGUUCAUUGAGGACGACCACGUUCCGUUCAUGAGGAGAGAUGUCGACAUAUUGCAUGUCAUUCCAAAUCCGUUCCCCAAAGUAUGGCACACGGCCGGCGAUAAUUAUUCAGCGCUGGACUUCAACACCAUAGACAAUUUAAAUAAAAUUUUCCGCGUUUUCGUAGCGGAGUACUUGCAUGUCGCCCCCUAG